AGUUGGCUGUACCGAAUUCGUCCGUCAGUGGUCCACAAACCGUUCGAGAAAGUGAAGGUUGCAAACUUCACUAAUAAUUUCGCCGGAAUCGAACCGACACCAAACCAGUACAGAUGGCAUCCAUUCCCGCUCCCUAAGAAGGAAGGAGUCGAUUUUGUGCAGGGCUUGUACACGGUCUGUGGAGGAGGAGAUGUGGUGUCCCGCACCGGUCUGGCUAUUCAUCAAUAUUCGUGCAACUCCUCCAUGACUGGAAUGGCUAUGUAUAACUCCGAUGGCGACUUUCUCAUUGUUCCACAACAAGGCGAGCUGAAAAUCACCACUGAAUUUGGUCGAAUUCUCGUUGGUAUUCAGGAAAUCGUCGUUAUACCGCAAGGUAUCCGCUUCUCAGUCGCUGUUGACGGACCAUCACGUGGCUAUGUGCUUGAAGUCUACGGCACCCACUUCCAAUUGCCCGACCUUGGUCCAAUAGGAGCAAAUGGUUUGGCGAAUGCGCGCGAUUUCGAGACGCCCUUGGCAUGGUUUGAAGACAUGUUGACAUGCCAUUCCAGAUCUACAACAAGUACCAGGGAAUGUUCUUCGUCGCAGAACAGCAGCAUUCACCAUUUGACCGUUGGUUGGCAUGGCCAUGGCACUAAGGCUCCUUAUAAGGAUGACUUACGCAAAUUUCAACGUCAUCAACACCGUCUCAUUCGAUCACUGCGAUCCGUCGAUUUUCACGGUGCUCACAGCACCAUCAACAAAGCCCGGCACUGCUAUCGCCGAUUUCGUGAUUUUCCCUCCAAGAUGGGGUGUCGCUGA